ACUGACUAGUUGAGUGAUUUUUAGUAGGAAUAUUUUACGUACUGUAUUUUUAUUUUGUCUCCUCGUUUGAAUACAUCAUCAGUUGGAUUUAUAACAAUAGCAAUAAUAAUAGUAAUAUUAUUAGUCUGUCAAGAAAAAUACAACGCAGAUACACACAUGUCAUCAUCAUCAUCCCUAUCCCCAUCACCAUCACCAUCAUCAAAGUGAUACUGUUUCAUCUUUUAAAAUUAACUCAAAACGAAUAAAAUCACCUUUGAAUGCAUUACAAUAAGCAUUCUGUUGAGAGAAAAAAAUGAUAAGCACUUCGAAUAAACAUGAUAUAUUUUUAUGCCUAUCCUUUGUGGCGAUACUUCUAAAUCAAACAUCCACAAAGGAAAUAAAUUACAAUUCUGAUACAUUAAAGUUACACAAUGUUUAUACUAAAGAACAGUUAACUAGUCAACAGAAACAAUUAUUGAAGACUAUUCAUAUCCCAGAGAUCGAUUUUGAAGUAAAUGGAGAAUUUCCAAUCCUUAAAACUUAUGAUUUAUUUCAAAAUGGAGUUCCGAAUUCUAAAAAAGUUUCAAAUUUAUUAUUUCGAUCGAAACGAGAUGUUUCACAGAAGUUAAAUGAAAUUUCAUUAAAUGAUAAACAAACGAUAAUGAUUAAAAGUCGAAUUCAUUCUCCAUUGAAAUGGAACGAGGAAUUAACUGAUCCAGAAUCGGAGAGCUAUAAAAUUUUGUCAACCAGUUAUUGUGAAUUUUUAUUAGAAAGCUUUCAGCGUACACAUAUACAAGAGUUACAACGGCCAAAAUGUAUAUUCUUACAAUUUUCCAAAGGUUCUAUUUUCUUGAACGCAUUAAUAUCAUUUAAUCAAGCUAUCAAUUCAUUAUUUUCGCCUAAAAAUCUAUCGAAUACACUUAUAGAUGGCAGCAAGAAAUUGGUUGAUGCAAUAGUUAAUGAUAAGAAAUUUCAUUUAGGAUUUAGUUUCAGUGGUAAUUUUUCAUUAACACUUACGAAUAUCAAAGAAGAAUCUUCUGUACCACCGCCCCCACCACUACCACCAUCGAUGUCAGACAUAGAAUUCAAAAUGACAAGUGCCGGUGAACAAACAGAAGCAUCUCCUAUAAAUACAACGUUGAAACCUCAGUCAGAUGAAAUGACAUCUCAAUCGACCUAUGCAACAACUGAACCUGUAACACCUAAAGCAACUCCAAAUGUUCAAAUAUUAGCGGUUGGUUUCGAACUUGCCGAAGGAGACGAAAAACUACAAUGGGAUGAAAGUUUGAAUGAUGUCAACUCUGAAAUUUACCAAAAUUUAUCUAAAAGUGUUUGUGAUUUGGUCCUAUCAAGUUUAAAUGCUGUCAGUUUGGACAACUGGCGUGCAGAAUGUCUAUCGGUUAACUUCAGUAAAGGUUCAGUAGUUGCCAAUGUCACUUUAUUAUUUAUACAAGAAACCACUUCAACGGAUGCAGUUCAGUUAAAUUCUACACUCACAGAGAUUGUAGCUGAAGCAAUUGUGAAUUUUGCAAACACUACAAACACUACUACUAGCAUAGGUAUUCAUCCACAAAGCAAUGUUGUUAUCAUACCCAUUCCUAUUGUACAAGAAAUCGUUGUAACAGAAUCUCAAACAUUUUAUUCAACAGACAAAGAGACUUCUACAGAAUCCUUCACACAACUUUACACUAAUACCUAUGACAGCAGUCCAUAUACUACAAUGACUGUUGGAGUUAGUAGUUCAGAAUCAGUGUCGCUGACAUCCCAGUCAGUAAAUGGAACAAAUGAGUAUGGAACAGAAGUGACAACAUUGUUGUCAACAGGAAGCACUGAAUCGACAGUUGAUAUCACAUCAUCUGCAAUAAGUGAAGAUAACAUCAGUCUAUCAACAGGAACAUUUGAAAAUAUUCCUUUAAACAUAACAGAUAUGUCAACUAUGGUUGUUGAACAAACGUCUGAAGUAAUUGAAAAUACUACAAAAGUUAUGACCACUUGGCAGACUAUAUUAACAACAGAAACAUCAGUUGAACCAUCUAGCUCUGGAAGUGAAAGUAUUAUAACUGUUUCACAGUCGAUAAGCAGUUUACCUGAUUAUUCAUUUUCCAGUGGAUAUACUUCAAAUAUAGGGAAAAGAAACGUCAGAGAAAAAAGAAACGAAAAGAAGCCAGAAGAAAACAAAAGAAGCUCAUUGAAAAAGGAAAGAAAAGAAAUGAAAGAUAAGAGAAUAAAAGAAAAACAGGACAAAAACGAAGAAAUAAAAAAAAUAAAAGCUGCUGCUCGUUUCACUACAUCAAUGCAAUUCGAAAUCACCUUCUGUAAUAUUCUACGAUUUUAUCCGGGCUCUAUACUAGCUGAAGCAGGGAUAACUGUGAACUAUACAGAUAGCAAUGUCAGUCAAACACAAAUACUUCAAGCAAUUCAAAACGGUGCACAAUUAUAUCUGAUGAAUCAAACGAAUAAUAUGGCACUAGAUUCUAGCCAAAUACUGUCGAUUAUAUUAAUUUUACAAAAGCAAACAUGCGCCACACUGUCAAAAACAUGUUCGCCUCAUUCUGAUUGCUAUGAAACAUCUGAUGGAGCAUAUUGUUUAUGUAAAUCUAUGUGGACAGAUUUAAAUCCACAACAACCUGGAAUACAAUGUGUUUUAAGUCCAGCUGCAAUAGCGCUUAUCGUACUCGCAGCAAUUGUUCUUGUGAUUAUCAUUGCUUUGACAAUCUACUUCGUUUUGCGAUCAACACCAGAUGGUGAACGUUUUAUGUACUCGUUUGUUUAGAGUAAAAGAGACUCAUUGAAAUUACUGAUGAAAAUGCCGACAAACAAACACAGAUAAUCAAUGUAUACUUUUCAUUGGUGCCAUAGUAUUUUCCUAUGCUUAUCCUAACUUUGUUAUUUUGCAUUCACAGAUAUCAUUCUAAAAAGUCUAACAGGAUUUUUCUUCUGUUAAAUUUUUGAUGCUAACGAUAUAUUUCAAUACAGUAACAAGCUCACCGUAUCGUAUACUCAUUUUUUUCCAACUGUGAUUUUUUUCGAUAAUUAUUUGUAUAUUGUGAUUAUUACCUUAAAAAAUUUUGUUACCGCUAACAUUUUAUGAAAU